AUGGGCCCGCUGGACAGGACGAAGAAGAGGAUUCAACCGUGGAGGAAGGCCAUCCUCCACGUCUCUCUCUGCUUCGCCGUGGGUUUCUUCAUGGGAUUCUCUCCGUCGAGCACGAACGCCGUCCAGAGAAAACUCGAAUGGCGGAGCUUAAACGACUCCUCCACCACCGCUGCCGCCGCUGGCGAGGAGCUGCCGCCGCAGAAGCUCCUCAUCGCCGUAACGACGACGAGGCGGAAGGACCCUCUGCAGGACGCCCUCCUGAGAUGGAUGGCGGAUGCCUUAUCGCUGGUUCCUCCGCCGCUGCUCUGGCUCGUCGUGGAGUCGCAGUCUGAGAUGCCGCUGACGGCGGAGCUGCUGAGGAAGACGACGGUGAUGUACAGGCAUCUUCCUUCUGGCGAGAACUUCACCGACCCUGAGGCGGAGUUGCGCCACCAGAGGAACGUCGCCCUCCGCCACAUCGAGAAGCACCGCAUCGACGGGAUCGUCCACUUCUCCCCGCUCACCUCCGUCUACGAUCUCCGACUGUUCGACGGCAUCAGGGAAACCGAGUACGUCGUUCCUCCCACCUCUUCCUCUCCCAGUUAGAAACGAACAACCGAUCGAUGAACUCUCGGCGAAAUCUUUCGGAUUAAACGAGAGUUGUGUUCUUUGAUGAUGAUCAGCCUUUCCCUUUCCGGUGCAUCUGCCGGCGCCGCUGCUGAUAUUAUUAGUUUGAAUAGAGGGAGAGUGUAAUCCCUGUAGAACAAAGGCUUCCUUCCAUGCUGUAAAUGUCAGUGGCGUGGUUGGCAUGCCACCGACCAACCUGUGCCUUAGUGGUUAUAUAUUACUGAAAGGUGAGAAGUUGCCGUCUCUCUCUCUCUCUCUCUCUCUCUCUCUCUCAGUCCUUAAUAGCUUCUUGAGUUCGAAAGGUAGAGGUUGAUGGUGCAACGCCAGCGGAAACCAACGAAUCCCAACACGGCUCUCUUAUCUCAACUCGACCGUGUCUGCAGGGUGCUUGGGGCGUGGCCGACGGCGUCGGUGGCGGCGAACGGGAAGACGGUGGUUGUGGACGGCCCCGUCUGCAGAUCCUCCCGGGUCGUUGGUUGGCGGCCGACGGGCGGGCGCAGCAGGAAUGCUCCUUCCGUCAUCGACAUCUCCAGCUUCGCCUUCAACAGCUCCAUAUUGUGGCAUCCCAGUCGCUGGCACAAUCACUCAUCCCCCCCCGACGUAUCACAGGUUUCGCUGUCUCUCUCUCUCUCCCUCACCGUCUCUCUCUCUCCCCUCUCUCCCUAUCUCUCUCUCUCCCUCUCCCUCACUCUCUCUCUCUCUCUCUCUCUCUCUCUCUCUCUCUCUCUCUCUCUCUCCUUCUCUUCCUCUGCCUCUCUCCCUCUCUCCCUCUCCCUCUCCCUCUCUCUCUCCCUCUCUCUCUCCCCCUCUCUCCCUCUACCUCUCCCUCUCCCCCCUCUCUCCCCCUCUCUCUCCCUUUCUCUCUCCCCCUCUCUCUCCCUUUCUCUCUCCCCCUCUCUCUCUCCCCCUCCCUCCCUCUCUCUCUGUCUCCCUCUGUCUCCCUCUGUCUCCCUCUGUCUCCCUCUGUCUCCCUCUGUCUCCCUCCCUCCCUCUCUUUCUCUCUCUCACUCUCUCUCUCCCUCACUCUCUCUCUCUCUCUCUUACACGUGCGGCCAAGUAGAUUCGGUGCUCGUCCGGUAUCGUGUCCAUUCCUAACAUCAAACUGCUGGGCCCCACCGAUAUAACCUUCCAAACCACCGGGCCCAUUGGGCCUCCGCAGGUGCUGAUUUUGGGGAGGAUCAUUUUCAGGAUUCAAUCAGCUUCCUCCAACAGAUGGCCCUCAAAGAGACGAACAAGACGAAGGCCAUCCCGACCCCCGGCUGCUCCCGCAUCGUGGCGUGGCGCCUUCCCCUCCACCGACUCGAAGCUACCUCCCCCGUCCGAUCGGAAUUCCUCUCCGUGAACCCGCAGCAAAGCCGAUAA